AUGGGUUCAUUAGUUGCCAAGCUUCUUCUCCCAACGAUCAGCAGCCUGGUCUUCCUCCCGACCAUCAGCAUUGCAGCCAAGCGAAGAUUCCACAUGGAAGCUAUGGUUUAUUUCUUCACUAUGUUCUUUGUUGCGAUUUACCAUGCAUGUGAUGGACCUGGUUUGUCAGUGCUGUGUUUCAUGCGAUAUGAUAUCCUGGAGUAUUUCAGCAUCUACGGGACGGCUUUGUCCAUUUGGGUAUCACUGAUGGCUCUGGCAGAGUUCGAUGAGCCUAAAAGAUCGACCUUUGUGAUGUUCGGCGUGCUCACUAUAGCCGUGAGGAUUUACCAUGACCGAUGGGGAUAUGGCGUCUACUCGGGACCAAUCGGGACGGCCGUCCUUGUGAUAACCGUGAAAUGGCUGCAGAAGAUGAAAGAGAAGAGAGGCCUCUACCCAGACAAGACCGUCUACACGCAACAGAUAGGCCCAGGCUUCUGCUUUGGGGCGUUAGCACUCAUGCUGAGAUUCUUUUUUGAGGAGUGGGAUUACACCUAUGUGCAUAGCUUCUACCAUUGUGCCCUGGCCAUGUCCUUUGUCCUGUUGCUGCCCAAGGUGAACAAGAAGGCAGGGAAUGCAGGAAACCCCGCCAAACUGGACUGCUCCACUCUCUGCUGCUGCGUGUGAUAAGAUUCUCCCCCUGCCUGGAGACUGGGGCGUCUGUAUCUCAACAUGCACCUGUUCACCACCUUGAAGGACCGUAUGAAAGUUAUGCAGCACUCGCUCUUUAUUCCGGUCGGGAUCGUGACCAGAAACAAACUGCCAGCUGUGAAGCUUUUUUUUCCUACGGUAGAAAAAAUUCCACUGCCACCCCCCACACCAAAAUGCAGGUUGUUACAAAUUUUUAAUUUGAUGAUGAACAAAACUGGUCCUAUUCAACCUGAAAGGCCUUGUCUCUUGGCCAUCAAUCAUACCAGAGGCUUCCAUGUGCCCAUGUAGCCAGCUGAUAACUUUCUCCGUAACUGUGUGUAUAUUCCCCAAAGAGAAACUUUUGUCCACCUUAGAGAAGUCCUGGCUGGCAAGUGAUCCUGUCCAUUGGCUACUGAGUCAAUCCAGCAGGUCUUUGCGUCCCCCAGAGAGUUCGGUGGGCCACAUAUCCCUAUGGGGCAUCACAUUUUGUUUGCCUUUGGA